GUGUCGCUCUACUCUUAAAAUCCUUAAUAAAAAAAAAACGCCCUUCUCCUCCGUCGAAGGCAAACCCUUCUGCCUUCUCCUUCUCUCACCACGGCACACCGCAUCCCCAUCCACCAAAAACUACAAGUCGUGUACGGACGAGUUUCUUUGCAUUAUAUUCGAUUCCAUUGCGACUACUUGAGAUUUGUAGGUUUGGGAGGGACAUGAUCCAUUCCUACCAUUCAUACUCUCCAGGUUUGUAAGAAUUUUGGAGUGCAAGCCUUUGGAAAGUCAUUGAAGUCUCAAUUAAAUUUCCCUCACAAGUGUCCUAUUGGGCAGAUUCAAAUGGCAAAUACCCACAAUUCUAUUGUUAGUGGUUGCAACAGUGAGUCAAGAGGUGCCUUGGUUGUUCUGGAAGGCUUGGAUCGUAGUGGGAAGACUUCACAGUCUAGUAGACUACUCACAUACUUGGAGGGACUGGGGCAUUCAGUUGAAUUAUGGAGGUUUCCUGACAGAAGUACAAAUGUUGGGCAAAUGAUAUCUUCUUACCUUUCCAACAAAUCACAAUUGGAUGAUCACACGAUCCAUCUUCUCUUUAGUGCAAAUCGUUGGGAGAAGAGAUCAUUGAUGGAAACCAAAUUGAAGACUGGAACCACCCUUAUUGUCGACCGCUAUUCUUAUUCUGGGGUGGCUUUCUCAUCUGCCAAAGGACUUGGCGAUGAAUGGUGUAAGGCACCAGAGAUUGGGUUGCUGGCUCCAGAUCUGGUAUUGUACCUUGACAUACAGCCAGAGAAAGCUGCAGAGAGAGGAGGAUAUGGAGAUGAGAAAUAUGAGCAACUUGAGUUUCAGAGGAAAGUUGCCCAAUGCUAUCAGGUCCUCCAUGAUGCUUCCUGGAAGAUAGUUGAUGCCUGCCAACCCAUAGAAGACAUUGAGAAACAGCUGCAAGAGCUUGUGUUGGAAUGUGUCAUGGCAUGCCAGAAGGGAAAACCCCUAGCCAACCUCUGGUCAGGGAUAGACUCAAAAAUGCAUGGAGACACAUGCUUCACCAAUCCCUUACAGGGGGGGUCUAACCUUGAAAAUAAAUUCAAGAUGGAAUCUCCAAAAAAAAUGGGUCAGAAUUUGAAUCUACAUGGUCAAAUAUCCACCCAAGAGUCUCCACCCCAAGUUGAAAUGGAACUCACUGCUAAGAAACGGGGUAGUAACUUCACCAUAGAAGAAGACCUACUCCUUAUAUCGGCAUGGCUAAAUAUUAGCUUGGAUGUAGUGGAAGGGAAUGAGCAAAAACACAAGUCAUACUGGAGGAGGAUUUGGGAGUACUUCCACAAGAACAAGACCUUUAUUUCUGAACGUACUCCAACAUCUAUAACGAGUCGGUGGUCAACAAUUCAGAAUAGCACUGAGAAGUUUUGUGGGUACUUGGCCCAGGUUGAAUCAAUGCAUCAAAGUGGUUUGAAUGAACAUGACAAGAUUGGUAAGGCGAAACGUAUGUAUCAAGAAUCACAUAAAACCCCGUUUCAAUUUGAUCAUUGUUGGAAUAUGUUGAGGUGUCAACCAAAAUGGUUGGAGCAUUGUGAGAAGCAAAGAAUUAAAAGAAUUAGGAAUGCAAUAACAUCUUCUCCUUCUACUCCAGAGUUGACAAAUAUUGGACAAGACAAUGUCUCACAUGAUACUUUUGCAAAUUUAGAGAGGCCACUAGACAAGAGGGUUGAAAAGGAACGGGUGAGUAAACGAAAGAAUGAAGAUAAUAUGAGUUUGAAAUUUACUGGGAUAUUGAAUGGGAUAGAAGAAGAGAAAAAAACAAAUGAUAAGGAAAUUGAAAUUCUUGAGAAAACAUGUCUUCAAGAGCAAGAUCAAGAUUUCAUGAAGAAAGAGCAAGAACAAAAGAGAAUUCGUAUGAAGAAAGAGCAAGAACAAGAGCGACUUUGUAUUAUGCAAGAAAAGCUUCAAAUGGAACAAUUGAAAGAGGAGGAAAGAAUUAUAAUGAUGGAUACAAGUAGCUUGUCUCAAAUACAGCAAGAAUAUUUUCAUCAACGCCAAAUGGAUAUUCUUCGAAAUCGAAGGAGUAAAUAGUCAUUAUUGUUGGUUUAGGCAAACUAAUCAUGGCAUUGUAGAAUGCAGAGUAUAUGUAGUUUUUUUGUUAAGUAUUAGGGCCUCUCUAUUGAGUAUGGGAACUUUGUUGUUAAGUACUUUUAACAGGUCUUGUUGAGCAAAAUGAAAUUUAUUGUCAAAUUACAAAUUAAAAUCAA